GAGUCCGGCGCGCCCUCCAUCCCCGGCGGCGUCGGCAAGGAGUAGCUCGGUGAACCCGGAUACUAAUAAAGUUCGCUAGAGACUCAUAAUCGUUCUGAAAGAGCGGAGCGGGUACGAGGCGUCCGCGGGGAGGAGCCGGGCUCGGUGCUGCGGGCUGUGCGUUCCGGGCUCGGUGUUGCGGACUGUGCGUUCCGGGCUCAGCGCUGCGGGUUGUGCGUUCCGGGCUGCGGGCUCCGCGCUGAGGGUUCCGGGCUGCGGGCAGAGGUGAGUGCGGCCUGCGCGGCCUCGGCUCGGGGCUGCGGUGCCGCCGGGAUGUCGCUGUGGGCGCGGACGGCGGCUGCGGGCGGCGCUCUGCUCUCGCGUCCUCGUGGGGACCGCUCCGCGCCGACGACCCCGGCCGCGGCUCGCUCACCAACCGCCGUGGCUUCCCAGGAGCGGGAACCCGAGAGUGGGAGAACUUGAUGCGGGUGCGGCGCGGCGCGGGACGCACAGGGCUGCGCGACUCCGCCUGGGACGAUCCCAGUGCCUUCUGUAACGGGCGGGUUGCUGUAGGAAAAAACAAACCCGGCAAGCCUUUCUUUAGCAAGUUGACCCAUCCUUUCCUUUGCCUACGCGAGAGUCUGCAUUGGUUGCCAAGGGAUUUGAAACCGAGAAGAGAGGACAUUGAUAAUUACUGGUGAAGAAUUGUUUAGAUUGAGAAGAGGAAGUCGACUUCCCAAAACUGAGCCAGUGUGAAACACAAGCUGGAUGAACACGGUCAGAUCUUGGUUUGAGGGAGACAGUGUGGUCUCCUGGAGUUAGAGCUGCUGCAGAAACUCUUCCUGUUUCAAAAAUGUUGGAGGAAGAUAUGGAAGUGGCCAUCAAGAUGGUGGUGGUGGGGAAUGGGGCGGUUGGAAAGUCGAGCAUGAUUCAGCGCUACUGCAAAGGCAUUUUCACAAAAGACUACAAGAAAACCAUCGGCGUAGACUUUUUGGAGCGACAGAUUCAGGUUAACGAUGAAGAUGUAAGGCUAAUGUUAUGGGACACUGCAGGUCAAGAGGAGUUUGAUGCAAUCACGAAGGCCUACUAUCGAGGAGCCCAGGCUUGUGUGCUUGUGUUUUCUACCACAGACAGGGAAUCUUUUGAAGCGAUUUCCAGCUGGAGAGAAAAAGUAGUAGCGGAGGUUGGAGAUAUACCAACCGCACUGGUGCAAAACAAGAUCGAUCUGCUGGAUGAUUCAUGCAUCAAAAAUGAGGAAGCGGAGGGACUGGCCAAAAGGCUAAAGCUGAGGUUCUACCGGACGUCCGUGAAGGAGGACCUCAACGUGAGUGAAGUUUUUAAAUAUUUGGCUGAGAAACACCUACAAAAACUCAAACAACAAAUAACCGAAGAUCCAGAACAGACACACUCAAGUAGUAACAAGAUUGGUGUCUUUAAUGCAUCGGUCAGAAGUCACUUGGGCCAGAAUUCAAGUUCCCUUAAUGGUGGCGAUGUCAUCAACCUUAGACCUAACAAACAAAGGACCAAGAGAACCAGAAACCCUUUCAGCAGCUGUAGUGUACCCUAAACUGUUUCAUGGAGGACAAAGCUGAAUUGCACCGUGCAGUUAACGGCACUGUGUGCGGGCUGUCCUGCGUGUGUCGUGGGCCUCUCACCACGCUCUGAAAGCUGACAUUGUAACGCUGCUCUGCUGUGCUCCUCAGAAUGUAGAUGGCGCCCUCUGCUGGAGAAUUACUGCUCUGUGGACUCACUCUAGUUUUUUACCUUAGACGAGGCUUCUCCUGUUUUUGAACGGACACCAGUGGAAAUGUCAAAAACAGGUUUUGCUGAAUUUUAAAUUCUGAAGACAAAAACAACAUGACUAACUACAUCGGUAACCAUUUUACCCUGAUGGACCAUGAGGGAUGGCAAGCAUUGUUCUGACACUGGGCGUCGAGCUUUUCUGGAAUGUUCAGUCUGAAUGCUUAAAGAACAUAUGGAAGGGAAACCCGGACUAUGUCAGACUGCCCUGGUGUGUGUGUUGUCAGAGGUACUCGUGCAAUAUCCGUGAUGUGCGGACUGUGGGGGUGUGCAUGCAGACUCCUGGCUCAGGCAGUAGGCCUGUGCCCUGGGAAAGGGGAUGCAGAUUCUAGUCAGUUCGCUCGCUCGUACAACCAUUGCGUAUGUUUCUGGUCUCACCUGAGGCGUCCGGACAUACUUUACAGAAAGAACUUGGACCCAAGUGUGCCAAACACUACCGCUAAUUUUUACACUACUUUCCUAUUCAAAUUUGUAUUUAUGACAUCUUGUAGAGGCAGUUUCCUCUCCGACAGGUAGAUGAAAGGAAUGUAAAUGUCUGACUGCUCGGGCCUGUCCCUCCUGGGAUUCUCCCAGAGCCUUCUCCAUAGCCACUGUAAGCAAUGUGCCCGGUACACACAGCAGCCUGCAGCCACUCAGAAGGCCCUGUGGAGCGCGUGCACACCAGCUUCUGGCUGCUGACCUGAGACCAAACUCUGAACUUCCAAGCUGAAGGGGACCAUCUUUGCAGAGUGAUGGUCUUUGGUCCUGAUCACAGAUUUUCUGAAGCCCUGCAACUCUAAGGCAUCCUUUUGUUUACACUCUUAGUAUAGCAUUUACCAUUAUUGCUUAAGUUUUUCUGUGGCCUUUGGUGUACGUGGACCUUAUCAGGAACGAUCGGUAAGAAGCGCCUGUAAAGACCCGGUAUGGGAAAGAAGGGGAAACGUGUGAGCUGGGCACCAGCCUGCCUGCCAAAGAGAUAAUAUCAUGAGUUCUACUAAAAACUCAUUAUCCUUAAUCAGUCAUUUUACUUAGAAAAUAUCAAUAACCCGUUUCCACAGUCCUGGUUUUCAUGUACUUCAAAAUAUAUAAAAGUGAUAUUUCUUGGAACGUGUGCUUUUCCUUUCUUUUUUUUUCUUUUUUUUACUAAAAUAUAUAAAUAGUUCCUAUAUUUCUCUUGUCUUUUUUUUCUUUAAAGUUUACCCUUGGCGUACCACCCAUCCUGCCCAGCACAGGUUCCUGUUGCGAGCAGAGGUCGCUGAGCGCCCUCCCUCCAUGGUGGUCCACAUGCUUGCUUUUCCCAUUGGCAUCCCAAGCAGGCAGGAUCAUCUGUGUGGUCAGCUGUUAGCGCCCCUGGUGCAGGGUAAGGUGGGGGACUUGGAUCCACACAGUGGUGCCUGCUGUGAGACGUGAUUUUUUUCCUCUUCAAACACAGACUCCUCAGUUUUUACACAAAGUAAAUUUGUUGGCAAAUAAAUUAGUUGACCCUUUUAAUGGCAUUGGCAGAAAAUUCAUUCCUUAUAGAACAUUGUAGCUUUAUUUGUAGCCACUAAAUGCAUGGUAAAAAGGUGUGUGGUCUGUCUCUUUAAAACAGUGUCUGGUGAUGGCUGCCGUUUCCUUAAUAUUUGUUAGCUUGUCUCCCCGUCCCCCUCCCUCUCCCUCUCCUGGAGCUGAGGACUGAACCCAGGUAAGUGCUCUACCACUGAGCUAAACCCCAGCCCCUUCCUUAAUAUUUGUAACAGAAGUUUAUGUGUUUUGUUUUAUCCAUUUUUUAUGGGAGCAUUUGUUACACAUUUGGUUUUUACUUUGCACCACUGUAUUUUCUACCUAACUUAAAAAGGUCUAAAAUCAGCCACAGGUAAUAUUAAUUUAUCAAUAUAUUCAAUUCUGAAACCCUCAAAGGUCACGUUAUUGGUUUCUUCUGUGACUGUAACGUUUAUGAACUCUGGGCCACCAGACCUUUGUGCUCUAAGUAACUUUUGCAGUGUCACCGGUUCUUAGUGGCGGGCACAGAGCUGUGAAGUCAUUGCUAUAUCUAAGAGUUCCUCAGGUUUCUGCAGUCUCGGCCUAAGAAGGAGAUAGUUUAUAAAACAGCCCAUAUACAUACAGCAGUUCAAAUAAAAGCAGGUUGAACUGUUUCUUCUCCACUCAAGGUGACCAUACACAUGGAGAUUUCAAAUUCCAGCACUACCACAGGGAGCAUGUGUGACCCCUCCACUGCCGAGUGAAGUGGGGCGGAUGCUCCUGACUUGUCUUGGCAGAGCUGAGAACUCGGGUAUGGCCCUCCUGUCUUUCUGAGGGUUUAGGAUGGGGAGUUGGCCUUAGAACCCGAUGCUGCCCCCUGAGGUGCUCUUGUAAUCUGAGAUGCUGCUUGCCUCUGGAGGAUCCUGGUGGCUGUGGUGAGUGCCCUGGGAGCACCUCAGAGAGAUGUGUGGGCUGCAGGGAGCCCACAAGGGCAGAGCUUUGGCUUCCAUAGCCUUAGGUGAGCAGAUGGCUUUAGUCACACUAACAGUUACGUCGAACGUGCUGUUGCUCCUAAGAGUUUCACGUAUAAAGCUGAAAAAUACAUCAUACAAAUGAAGCUGUCUGCACACAGGUAAACAAAACCCCAGCAGGGUCUGAAAUGCCCAGGUAGCCAGCGCCCAGAUGGCAGACUGAUUCGGCCAAAAGAGUCUUGGUUACUGCCACUUUUCUGUUGUCACUUGAAGUAUCUAUAGUAGGAUGUUGAUAAAUGGUAUUUUAAAAAUAAAAUCUUUGGGUCAAAGGAAAAACUUAACCCCUUCUAUAUUUUUGUUACUAAUAAAUAAUGCUUUUGUAAAUCCGAAUAGAAAACUACUUGUAUGUUUUCCUAUUGAGUGGUACUUAACGCCUUUGGGGUUAAUUUUAAAAUGUACUACUUGAUUAAAAUUUCCACAAAGUUGAAUUCCAAUAACUCAAAAAAAUAAAACAUUUCAAAGCUA